AUGACGUGCAAUCCAAAUUGGCCCGAAAUUAAAGAGCAUCUUACCCCGGGUGAGCAAGCUCCGCAUCGGCCAGAUAUAGUUGCUCUCGUUUUCCGUGCAAAGCUAAUAACAUUGAAAAAACUGAUAGUUGAGGACAGCGUGUUGGGGGAGAUUGCAGCAUACACAUACGUUGUUGAAUUUCAGAAGCGAGGUUUGCCGCAUGCACAUCUAUUGCUGAUUAUGAGGCCAUCUUACAAAAUUAAAGAACCUAAUGUAUUUGACAAGUUCAUAAGUGCUGAGAUUCCUGAUGAAAGCAACCCUCACUUGCGAAAAAUUAUUUUGAGCCACAUGAUGCAUAGCCCAUGUGGCACAGCCAACCCUGAAUGCCCUUGCAUGAAACACAAAAGUAGCCCAGGAGCAUGCAAGUAUGGGUACCCAAAAGCAUUUCAAGAAGAAACAAGUACGCAUGAGAAUGGCUUUCCACUUUAUAGGAGGCGAGAUGAUGGUCAAAAUCCUAUUAUUCGCAAGUUUGCAAUGGAUAAUAGAUGGGUCAUUCCAUAUAACCCUUACCUCUCCGCUCUUUUUGAUUGUCAUCUAAAUGUCAAAGUUUUCUCGACCAUCCAAGUAGUGAAGUACAUAUACAAGUAUGUUUACAAAGGGCAUGACAAAAUAUCUUUUGCUGUUUCGGCCCAGAAAGACGUCAAACCAGUUGAUGAAAUUGAACAGUUCCAAAAUGGACGUUGGGUUUCGCCGUCUGAGGUCGCUUGGAGGAUCUUUUCAUUCGAUCUCUUUGAAAUGUACUCUCCUGUCCUUCCUAUCCAAGUUCAUUUGCCUAAUGCGCAAACAGUCCAGUUCAAGCCUCACGAACAACUUGCUGGUAUUGUGGCAAGCGAUACAAGAUCGCGCACGUCCCUCACUGAGUUUUUCAAGAUGAAUGCAACUCAAGAUGGUGCUUCGCAAUUCCUGUACUCAGAGUUCCCAGAGCAUUAUGUGUGGAAUCCUUCUGCAAAGGCAUGGACUAAAAGAGUGCACAUAAAAUUGUUGUUGGCCGUCUAA